AUGGUCCAAACAAAAGGUGUGAAUGACAUUCAGGUUUCCUCUUCAAACAAGGCUUUAGAAACCAGAAUUGAAGAGCUUACUUCUUUAGUGAAACAAAUGACAGUGAGUAAACCUCAAACAACAAAGUUGUGUGAAACUGAAAAAGAUAAAGAGAAGGAGUAUGUGCCACCAAUUACCUUCCCACAUAGAAUACUGAAAAAUAAAAGGACUGGUGAUGGAGACAAGGAGAGAGAAAUUUUAGAUGUGUUCAGAAAAGUGGCGGUAAACAUUCCGCUUCUUGAUGUUAUUAAGCAGGUUCCAAAGUAUGCAAAAUUUCUAAAAGACUUAUGCACAAGUAAGAAAAGCUUGAAGGGAAAUGAGAGAGUAAAUUUGGGAAGAAACAUUUCAGCCCUUAUCCAGCCUAAACAUUCACCUGAAAAAGCUAUUGUUUCAUCCCUCAAUCAAACCAUACCCCAAAAGUGCAAGGAUCCAGGAACUUUUGCUAUUCCAUGUACCAUUGGGGAUAGUAAAUUCGACAAUUGUAUGCUUGAUUUGGGAGCAGGAAUUAAUGUUAUGCCUACUUCUGUUUAUAAUAACCUUGAUCUUGGUUCUUUACAGCAUACAGGUUUAAUCAUUCAACUAGUGAACAGAAGUAAUGAUCGCCCUAUUGGAGUAGUGAAAGAUGUGCUUGUUCAAGUUAAUGACUUGAUUUUUCCUGCAGAUUUCUACAUUCUGGACAUGUAUGGAGAAAGAAAUUCAAGCAGAUCACCCAUCAUUUUAGGAAGACCGUUUAUGAAAACAACUAAAACAAAAAUUGAUGUCGACGAUGGAACUAUGUCCAUGGAAUUUGGGUGA